CUUUUUCGGGUUCGGUCACUGAAUGUUGGAGCGGAACCACACGCCGUUGUGAACCUAGAAGUUCAGGUGUGGCGUAGCAUAAAAGGAAAGGCGGCGGAAACAACCGUUCAACGUCGGACACACCGAUCUUAUUCCAUCUUAUUCUUCAAAUUGAGAAAUUUUGUAAGGGAAGUAGGAGUUCAGAUUAUGUGUUGUACACUUUCUUCAUCUUAGUAUGUAUCUGAACUCUAAGCAAUCAAGGUGUUGAAUUCAAAUUAGGAAAGUCAUGGCUAUGAACCAUGCCAGAUCUAUAAGAUAUAUUCUUACAGUCAAAGAGGCAGUUAAGGUUGCACACCCACGAACUUUUGCCACCGGAAAAGCAAAGAAAGGAUCUAAAGGGGGUGGAUCUGCGGAUUCACCCAAGGCAUCAACUCUUAGCAAAGAAGUCAAGGCAAGCACAGUUGUAGGUGCUAGCAUUCUGAAGGAAGGAACUGAUCCAAAAAUCCUGCCUGAUUCAGAGUACCCUGGCUGGCUGUGGCAUCUGCUCGAUAAACGUCCGGCACUUAGUGAACUACGUAGGAAGAAUAUUGAAACACUAGCUUAUGACAAUCUAAAACGCUUUGUUAAGCUGGAUAACCGUGCAAGGAUAAAGGAGAACAACACUGUGAAGGCAAAGAACUGAUUUCAAUGGUCAAAAAGAGAACUAGGAGUAUGGGGGUUGAAGCGACUGUGUGGAGUUUUUCCAUUUUUUUUAUUUCUUGUGAUUCUGGGAUUCCUCUGUGUAUUGGCUUACAUGUAUGCAAACAUUAAACGGAACAAAGGCCAAAGAGUUGGAUGAUUUUGCACAUUUGUUGUUUAUUUUCUUUCUACUACUUUUUAGUCUGUUUUUUACCUGGGAUGUUUGGUAAAUUAAAUCUGAUUGCUUUUUUUGAUUGAACAGAA